UUGAAAAUUCAAUGGGCGAAUGGUGCGAGUUGACUGUAAUGUUUGUCUUUGUUCUCUCUCCCCAAAUGCCCAAAAUCAGGGUGCCGGACCACAUUUUUCCUUGAAUUUCCUUUUCUUGACAUCCCCUAUACGUUACAUAAAUCAUAACCACCGUAACGGGGUAAUUGGAAUGCAAAGCCCGCGUAUAUUAUUAUGUGUUCAGUUGGCCACCCUGACGCGCGUCAGACAUUCGGCCAGACAGUUGGGGGGGGAGAAAAUAACAGAAGUACAUCCGUGCCUCCCUCCGAUCAGUGUACACUCACCAAAUUGCACAACUAUUAAGUACUGCUAGCACUAAAUACAUACAUACAUACAUUGGAGACAAACAUCAGACAGACGCGAAGAGCCGUUCGUCCUGGCUCGAUUAGAGCACUUCCUGGAGCUUCCUGGAGCCGUCACAGAUCAGCCAAAAUCAGCAGCCGCACACCAUCAUUGUGGCUGGCCCAUGUGAUUGCAGGUCCGGACUGCCGCACCUGUCCGGUCAUUCUCGCUCAAACUCCCGUCGCGAUCGUACUCUUAGUCGGCUGCCUACCUGACGGGGGCCGUGAUCAGGCCCGCUGGCGACUGUGUGUUCGCCCACAUGGCUUUGGGCGAGUACCAUGGGGGUGGGGACUCCGGGCCACCGCCGAUCGACGGUAGUCUACGCGUGUUGGAGCCCCAUUAUCGCGUACGGGAGUCCUUUCAGAAGCACGCGCGCACCAUCUCGGCCAUUUCGGACAUAUCUGUGGCCCCGAGUGAGCAGCCGCUCCGGCGAGACGACCAAGCUGAGAUCAAGUGUAUCUUUCUUUGCGAUAGCGAGACCGAGCGCAAGUGCGUUUUCGAGGCCAUCAACAAGGCGCUGGCCGAUGGAGAAUCGCGCAUUCAAGAUGUCAAACUCGUUCAGCAUCAUUGGGAGAAACCUUGUGAUGAUGGUGUAGAUAUGCGUCCGUGUGUAGCCCCAAGUCCUUUUGGCAACUCGAUGGGCAACGGAACCGAUACACCGGGUUUGGCCGAUGGUUUUUUCCGUUUCACUAUUCGAGGCCGAAGCUUUCGCCUCAUGUUGUUGAGCAAGGACAAGCAAAACUUGCUCAAAAUAUAUUCCUUUGACUUUGUUUUCGUCGGCCUUCAAGUCACCAAUGGUCAGGGUGGAUUGGACGAGAACAUCUGGGAGUUUGAAUGGAAGCGCUUGGAGCGGUACUCUCGUAAGGCUGUCGCACCCAUCAUUUUACUCGGGUAUUUCCGAGACGUUCUGAAACUUGGCAAAGGGGACUUUUGUCUUCAACGUACCAUUCAGGAGAGCAAAGAACGGGUCCAAAAAGCCGGCCCCGUCUACCGUGCCAUUCCACGUUUUUGCGACUUUGUGACAGGCGAUUCCGGUCAGUUGGAAAGUGUUUUCAACGAUGUGUCUCGGUUGUUCGUGUCGCCGGGGUUUCGGCUCCAGCAGUGUGCCAUCAUUAACAAUCUCGUGCACUUUACUCAGAUAGUAGAUAAUCCCAACUUGACUGAGGAGGAUGUGCAAUAUCCAGAUCAAUCUCACGGUGACAACCCGCUCAUGAUUGCGGCCAAGCUACGUCACAAAGAUCUCAUUAGUGCCAGUCUGCGAAGUACAAAGUUUACCACUGGGGGAGAAGACAACGCCUUUCUGCGGGAGGUCAUGCAUAUGCGCAAUAAAAACCAACAAACCCUCCUAGCCAUGGUCGCUCUACAAGGUCCGGAACUCGAAGAGCAAAAAUUACUCAUCCUCCAAAAGGAGAUUCAAAUCCAUUGUGUAUCCGAAAUCACCCAUGUGGCCGAUCAAUUGAAGCUCCAGCGAUGCCUUCGAUCUCAGCUAAAGUCCUCCGCCGAGGCGUCCAUAAUUUUGGAUCAGGUCAGAGCCCUCCAAGGGAUUCCCAAGACUGAACCCGAACUCAAAGCCGAAAAGUGCAAGGUCUGGUCUCGCCUUUUUUUCUCUUCCCUACUGUUAUCACUAGUGUUCAAUGCCAUAGACACUGGUUCAGACAUACUCAUUAUGAUUCGAUACUAUCAUGAAAUGAUGGGGAGCAACAGUGUGGCCAGUAACGUCACUUGCGGGGACGACGAAUUAGGCAAUGAUUCUGACUUUGGCGCACCCAACUGCAACGCCUCCGGCCACGAGCCCAUCAGUAUCCAAUGCUUUCCUAGUGCUCUCUCACCAGUUCAAAAGUUCGGCUACACGCUCUUCUUCAUCCUAGUGCCAUGGCCAUUUUUCAUCUACGAGUUUUGUACGUCGCCACAAUGUCAGCAAAUGUUGGCGCGAGGAGGAGAGAUUAUCUACGACAUGUCACAUUGUCGGGGAUUCGUCCCAAUUGUGCAAUCCUACUUUCGGGCGAUCAUCUACUUCAUUACGUUCGUGGCCUGUUUGUUGUUCUGGCCAAUUGCAAUCUUGUUCAUCAAAUACUUUUCGGAUGGUAAAUAUUACCUGGCCAAAGGUGCCCAACGAGCCAACCGGGAAAAGAAAAUAGAGGCCUCUGAGGUGCUCUACUCCACCGCCAGAGUUAUGGAGGUGAGCCUCGAAUCAAGUUUUCAGCCCACAAUCCAGCUCUACAUCAUUUUCCCCGUACUCGUUCGUACUUUGACUGCGUCAUCGUUCAGCUUUCGGAUCUUCACCGUCUGCAAGAGUGAUAAAUUAGACUUUCCCAUGCUGAAGAUGGAUCAGACUUUGUCCAUUAUCACCUCCAUUCUAAGUCUGGCUUGGUGCUUCACAACCUAUCACGCUACAUUGAAGCGUGGCGCUUUAGACAAGGAUUUGGCCGCGCUGUUUUAUCGAGCAAUUUUGUUCUUGUCCGUCUUGUUUCAAAUUGUGGGUCGGCUCUUCAUCUUGGUCUUGUUCUCAUACUCUUUUGGACCGGGUCAAUACUUUCCGUUGCUGAUCUUUCUUGGAGGACACAUCGUGGUCAUGUUUGUCCUACACUUGAUCUUCUCCGAUGCCAAUGUCUAUUGGCAAAAAGGAGGUGUGCUGAACAUAUCGUUCUUUCACUACAUGAUGGGCAAUAGUCUGGCCAACAUCUACAUCCACAACUGGAUCCGCAUGGAUCCACUACUAAUCCAGUUUGCUAAGCCUUUGCAGCAUGUGUCCACCCUUGUGAGGCAAUUGAUAUUUGACUUGGUAUUUACUUUGGAGAACAUCGCCCUCCUCGUGUUUGCCGUUCAUUCCAAUAUAGUGGAGGUUCAAGAGAAUAAAUGGACGUUCGUCUUUGUGCUCAUGGGUUUCACUAUCUUGGGGUUGAUUUUGAAAUGUGUAUACUACCGCUACCUACACAUUUGGGCAUGGCUUAUCAUGGAUUACAUUACCAAGACAGAAGACGGCCAUUGGAAGUGCAUCCUCUUUUCGAACAUGUACUUCUGUGGCUCCCUAAAGGAGCGAGAGAUUCUUCUCUGCUGCAUUCCCAAACCGGUGCUACAGGCCUUCAAUAUGAUUUGCGGUGAAAGAGAUUUUGGCUGUCGUGGUGGUGCCACCUGUAACCCCUGCAUGGCCGUAUUGAUGGUCUUCAUUUUCCCCAUCGCACUAGCAUUAGCCCUUGUCGCUCUGACAGUGUGUAUUAUCUUAGCCUUGCUUUUCUUGCCCGUGUUUCUUCUCAUGAUACUACCUUGUGCCAUAGUGAUGAAGUGUCGCCGACACAAACGCCAGUCUAAUAAUAAUAUUAUCAAGAUACAAGAUUCGGAUUCCAAGCUUGAAGAAAAUUCAGAGAAGCAUCAUGAGCAAUUGCCAAUGUUGAUUGGAUCGACUUUGGCCGCUAAGACCCAAUAUGAUCUCGAAAAAGUCAAUGCAAGAAGUCCGCCUGCCUUCUCCAAAAGCCGCAACAACAGCACCGAACAAUCGGAUGAAAAUCGUUCUCCAGAUGUCCUGUGUGAAGAGCCCGCGACUUUGAGUACGAAUGUCUAGAAGACUCUUCGGUUGCCAUACAUAGAAACUCCUGUGUUAUUCCCCUUUUUCUGAACCGAUAUAGUAGAAACAACGUCCAUUUGAUUAUUUUGCCAUUGGUAAAAAAAUAGCGAUAAUUUUUACAAGGUUAACCCGCUGUAACCUUUAGUAGUCAACAGAUUGUCAAUUCUUCUCACUCAUGAUGAACCUUUCGAUGAUUUAUUCUCGAGUCAAGUGCUCAAGUGUGCUGUUUGUGUGCUCUGAGUUCAAUAAAUUUGUCAGACAGA